CCCACAAUCUGCUCCCUCCUUCCUCUACCCUUUCUUCUCCUUUAUUUUCUCACCAAAUUUCUCUUCCUCUCUUACACACCAUCCCUACCUCCACUCCUAACAUUCUGCUACCCCAACAAUUGGGUGGUGCAACUAUGACCCUUAAGGGUGGCGCCAGCCAAGCCUGUGCUGCCUGCAAGUACCAGAGGAGAAAGUGCAUUCCUGACUGUCCUCUGGCACCCUACUUCCCUGCAGACCAACCCAAAAUGUUCCAAAAUGCUCACAAAUUGUUUGGUGUAAGCAACAUUCUAAAGAUACUAAAGACCGUGGAUCCCUCACAAAAGAAUGAAGCAAUGCAUUCUAUCAAAUGCCAAGCAUAUUUUCGAGAUAAAUAUCCUGUCCAUGGAUGUGUAUGGGUAAUCAAACAGUUACAAUACCAGAUUCAGCUUCUGGAGGAAGAGCACCACGCUGUCCAUGCACAGCUUGAGAUGUACAGGCAGCAUCACCUCUCCACUCCGGUUUCAUCCCUACCACUGGAUGAGGUGCCUUCCCAGCUGGAACUGGGGAUGGCACCGCCUUGCAAUGCUGCCCUUUCCCUCUUCAAUCCUUCCCUGCAACAGUCAUACGACGACCAUGUGGCUGGUGCUUUGCCUAUAACACAGCAGCAACAGCAACAGCAUCAGCAACAGCAUUCUUAUUCUCAUAUCAAUAGCAUUAGUUAUGGUUCUUCAUACAUUGAUUCUAAGGAUAACGUGACAAAUUCCAUGUGGCUUCAACAUCCAUACAAUAAUGCGACAAACAAUAACAGCAACAAUAGCAUUCAAAUGGCAAUUCAAUCACAGAUGGCUACUGCACAGCCACUCGCUGUCCAACAAGAAGUUCUCCAUGAUUAUGAUGAGAUUCAUCCAUUUUUUGAUACCAUUGAUGACAGACAAUCAGAUGAUUCCAAAGAGGCUUAUGACCCGAGCUCUGAAGAACUGAAAGACACGACGCAAUCUAUGGAGCAUGUUGCAGAGAACGAAUUGAAGAGUGCUGCCGCAUGCUUUACCCUCACCAGUGUCAACUGAUUAAAGAGUCAGACUUCUAGAGUAGUGAUUUACAUUCUUUCAUUUUUCUACCCCUUUCCUGAAUAGACUUUUUACAUGGUACAUUCUACAAUUUUGAUCCACCUUGUUACUUUCUUUUUCUUUUUAGUAAACUUCAAAAUAUUUA